AUGGUGUGGAAAAUCCGAUUUCACAGCCUUCAAAGGCCAAUUCAGAAUGCUAACGAUCGCCCUCCGUCUCUUAGACGUCAAGGCUUCACCAGAGGCAAUACCAAGAGCAACCAGAAUCUCAAGGGCCAGUACAACGGAUCUCAGUCGCCUAUCCAGCAAAACGCUCCCCCCAUGCCUCCUCUGGUUAACUCUCCUUCCAUGUCUUCCACAUACAGUCAAGAGGCAGUCUAUAAUGAGCAUGAGCCCAAGAAAUUUCUUAAUGAGAAGUACGCCAAGUGCUCAGUCAAGGGUAACUUCUUGACACUGGCUGCUCAACCUAAGAACGUUGAUCUGGGUGAAUGGCUAGCCCAUCAAUUGGUGGAAAUGAACAGACUACUUACCGGCAUGAUUCAAGUCAUACAAGAGACAGACACAAAUACCGGUCAGCCAUUGUGCAACGAUCACAGUUGUCCAACCAUGUCCGCAGGACGACUCACAUACACCUGGCUCGAAAACGGACGACCUGCCAAAAUCCCCGCCCCAUCUUAUAUAGUCCGUGUCCAGCGAUGGAUUGUUGGCAAGAUCCACGAUCAGAAUGUCUUCCCCACCGACCCUCCUCCCGCUAUUGCUGCAACGGCUUACGCUUCAGGCGACGUGGGCGCAACCCCUACAAGUGCAAGCACCCCGAUCGCCGCACCCCCUACCAAUCUCAAUCAAUCACUCACUUCACUAUCGGGUAUGAACGAUGAUUGGAUUGGUAAGGCUGCUGGUUUCCCCCAACAUUACCACCAGGACGUCAAGAGCAUCAUCAAGCAGAUGUUUCGGUGCUACGCACAUCUAUACCAUAAUCACUGGGACAGUCCAUUCUGGCACAUCAACCGCCAUCUGGAACUGAACAGUUGCUUCGUUCACUUCAUCACAGUCGCAAUGUACUACGAUCUACUACCCAAGAAAGACAUGGAACCUUUGCAGGGCCUGGUAGAUAUCUUUGUUGCGCAAGGCGUGGUGCCAAAGGAAGCCGUUCAGCAGCAUGUUAGUUAA